AUGUUUGUUUUUCUUUUUUUUUAUCAGUUACAGUUCUAUCUAUCUAUCUAUCUAUCUAUCUAUGUCUGUUCAUAUCUAUCUAUCUAUCUAUCUAUCUAUCUAUCUAUCUAUCUAUCUAUCUAUCUAUCUAUCUUUUUAUAUCUGUUCAUAUCUAUCUAUCUAUCUAUCUAUCUAUCUAUCUAUCUAUCUAUCUAUCUAUGUCUGUUCAUAUCUAUCUAUCUAUCUAUCUAUCUAUCUAUCUAUCUAUCUAUCUAUGUCUGUUCAUAUCUAUCUAUCUAUCUAUCUAUCUAUCUAUCUAUCUAUUACUUUAAUAUGCAUUUACUUUUACGCUUUUUCUUUCUUUCUUUUUUCAAUCAUCUUUCAUUUUUUCUUCAUUCGCUUUUUUCCUUAGCCAAUUAUCCUUCGCAUCUCUCUUCCUUCCCUCCUUCCUUCCUUCUUUCAAUUCUUUCUUUCUUUCUUUUCUUCAAUUAUCCUUUUCAUUCUUUAAUCUUUAUUCACUUUUUUUUUUCUUUCUUUCUUUCUUUUUUCUCCAAUUAUCCUUCCUUUCUUUAUUCCUUUUUCAAUUAUUUUCCUUUCAUUAUUCCUUUAAUAUUUUUCUUUCUUUUUUUCUUUCUUUCUUUCUUUCUUCAAUUACCUUUCAUUCUUUCUUUAUUUACUUUUCUUUCUUUAUCCAAUUAUCCUUCCUUUCUUUAUUCCUUUAAUAUUUUUCUUUCUUUCUUUCUUUCUUUCUUUCUUUCUUUCUUUCUUUCUUUCUUUCUUUCUUUUCUUUCUUUUUCAAUUUCCUUCCUUUCUUUAUUCCUUUUAUUUUCUUUCUUUCUUUCUUUCUUUUCUUUCUUUCUUUCUUUAUUUUUAUUCUUUCUUUUUUACUUUUUUUCUUUAUUCAAUUAUCCUUCCUUUUCUUUUAUUCCUUUAAUAUUUUUUUCUUUCUUUCUUUCUUUCUUUCUUUCUUUUCAUCUUUUAUUUACUUUUCUUUCUUUCUUUAUCCUUCGUAUCAUUUCUUCUUUAAUUUAUUUUACCUUUUUCAUUCUUUUUUUUAUUUACAUUUUUUUCUUUUAUUCAAUUAUCCUUCCUUUCAUUAUUCCUUUAAUAUUUUUUCUUUUUUUACUUUUCUUUCUUUCUUCAAUUAUUCCUUUUCAUUUUUCUUUCUUUCUUUAUUUACUUUUUUUCUUUCUUUCUUUUCUUUAUCCAAUUAUCCUUCCUUUCUUUAUUCCUUUAAUAUUUUUCUUUCUUUCUUUCUUUCUUUCUUUCUUUCUUUCUUUCUUUCUACAAUUACCUUUCAUUCUUUAUUUACUUUUCUUUCUUUAUUCAAUUAUCCUUCCUUUCUUUAUUCCUUUAAUAUUUUUCUUUCUUUCUUUCUUUCUUUCUUUCUUUCUUUCUUUCUUUCUUUCUUUCUUUCUUCAAUUACCUUUCAUUCUUUAUUUACUUUUCUUUCUUUAUUCACUUAUCCUUCGUAUCAUUUCUUCUUUAUUCAAUUAUCCUUCCUUUCAGUUUAUUUUUUUUUCUUUCUUUCUUUCUUUUCUUUUUUUUCUUUCUUUUUUUUCUUGUUUUCCUUUCUUUUUAUUCCCUUCCCUCUUUUUACAUUUUUUUUUUUUAUUUCUUGUUUUCUUUCUUGUUUUUUCUUGUUUUCCCUCUUCCUUCCUUCUUUCACAUUUUCUUUCUUUCUGUCUGUCUUUCUGUCUGUCUUUCUUUCUUUCUUUCUUUUCUUUCUUUCUUUCUUUCUUUCAGCCAUUUGAACUUAGCGCUUCAUUCUAA